AUGGCUUCCGGGCACAACUCAGCAUUCUCCGCGUCGACUCAGCAUCGCGUGUUGGUCGAUGGGCGCUCUUCGCUCAGUCAUGAUGACAACUCAGCAAACGGCAGCUGGAACGAUGGCACCCCACGAACAGGGCGGAAUGGACGGUCUGAGUCAGGAGGUAGCAGCAAUAUGGGUGGGCGAGGGUCGCUUGCUCCUUCGUUUGGCGGGCCAGGCAGCUUCAGUGCGGAGCUCAAGAGCAUGAACUCCCGCAGUAUCACGCCCCGGCCAGAUGGCCAAUAUAAUAGACGUGCUAGCAGAUCGAUUGGCGAGGAGGACCUUCACACUACCGAAGAGCGCCAGGCUUUCCUGCGGGGCAAGAUCGCGAAGGAGAUGAAGAUCAAGUCCGGAACCGAGAACAUGUUAGAGGCGCUACUAUCGAAACCACUCAAACAAACCAAAGACCAACGAAUCAAGGUGGAGUCGGAACUGAGCUCUUCCAACCGCAAGCUGGCGGAAUUACAGCAUGAGCUGGAAGAGGAACUUUUACGUGCGCAGGCGCCGGCCUCGACCCCCCCACGCAGCAGCCGUCUUUCUAGUCUCUUCCGAGGCAGUCCCAUGCGCUCGCCAUCUCGCAAUAAAGACAACGGCGGAUCUGUGGAUGGAGACCAACACGAAUAUGAAGAGGCGGACAUGGAAUCACCAACCUACGUGCUUUCGGAAACAUUACAAGCGUUGGAGAUUGAAGGGAUGUCCUCUGAUUUCUAUGUUGAGCGUGCGAACAGCCUGGUGGAACUUUUCAGACGACACCCUACGUUGAAGUAUGAUCUCGCGUGGCCUGUAUUUGGUCUCCGAGUCCAGGUGAUGCUUUUGAGUGAUAGCAAAGAAGUAGUUGCUGCCGGUUAUCGAUUAACGCGGUAUGCUAUUGCGGACCGCAAGUCUUUGCAGACAAUCCGAUCGUUGCAUACCGAUGAGCUUGUGAUAUUAUCCCUUGUCAAGGAAAGCAAAGCGAGCAUUGAAAGAGAACAAGCUUUGAAGUUCGUGCGAGGCUUCCUGGACGUCAAGGACGGCGUACGAGAGAUUUCGCGCGCUAUUGUGCGUACCAUUGUUGCUGUUGCCGAGCACCAGGAGGAUCGUCUCCGCAGCAUCUCGAUCAUGACCUUGGCCGAAAUUUUGGUCAAAGAUCCCGAACUGGUUGCUUCCGCUGGUGGGUUUUCUGCUUUACACGAUGCGCUGGCGGAGGGGACUUUUGGUGCUUCGGAGAGUCUGAUUUCAAGUUUCCUGCAUGUGGUGGACGCCCCGCGUAGCAGAAAGUUCCUGCAAGGAUCGGAACUGGAGGCCGUACUCACACCGUUCACCGAUUCAUUGUCAGAUUCACUGCGUAGUGGACGAUUAAAAACCGCAGCUAAGGCUAUUUCGGCAAUGCUCAAGACUUGGCCGGGUUUGGUCAUUCUUGCAAGGCACGACUCGCAACCGUUGCGUUCUCUCCUCGACUCGCUUCAUUACGAUGAUCCCACCGCCCGAGACCUGAUUAUGGAACUGCUAUUUGACGCUCUACGGAUCAAGCCUCCAUCAUGGUCAUCAUCUUUCCUUGCAGGCAGGAGGCUCACAACCUAUGGUAGAGUCUCUAACCUGCGCUCUGAUGCCGAGUCCAGAGUUUCUCGUGCCUUCAAUGACACAAAUAGUAACAGGUUUGACCUGACAGCCCACUUCUCUACCCUUAUCCUGGCUGGCUUGGUCGAGGCAGGGCUCGCAAAGACUCUCUCCGAUGUUAUUGAGGACGAGACAGAUCUUUCCCUCCGACGCAAGGCAACGCUAUUAUUAACGGAAGUGCUCAAGCUUGCGCAUCAUUCACUCCCACAGUCUGUCAGCGCUAAACUACAAGUUCUUCCACAUCUUAUUCCACCAGCUGUUAACUUUGAGGUUGACAACCACGACCUUUCAACCGCGACUAUCUUCCAAAUCGAGAGCAUCAACCGAACACUAGCUCGCUCCGGUGGAUAUCCCAGUGGGCAGAGCCGAUACAACAUGGAGUCUGAUCCAUCAAAUUCUCUGUCCCUAUUUCCUGGCGAACAAGGAAAAGACAAACUAAGCCCUACCAUGGAUGAGACCCAAUUCCGCAAUGCCAUUCUAGAAACUCAUGUUCUCAACACCGUGAACUAUACCAAGUGGAAGUGGGAUUUGAUUCAUCGUCUGGUUGAGGGUCCUCUCACGAAUUCCAAGCGAAUGGAUGAAGCAAUCAAAGGAUCCAAAUUCAUGAAACGACUCAUUGGAUUCUAUCGACCUUUCAAAUACCGAUUUGCCAUGAUUUCGAACACAAAGCCGAACCAGCGCUAUGUUCGGACUGGCUGCGUCCUCAUGCGUACUCUGGUCAUGACCCCCGAAGGUACCAAGUAUCUGGCAGAAAACAAAUUCCUCCGCCAGGUUGCAGAGUGUCUAGCUCAACUGGAUCGCAUGAGUGGAUUGACCUCUGCCUCGCCGCUCUUCUCUCAAAGGCAAAUGGCGUCGACGUUAAGUGGCGGUUAUUUCGCGAUGCUGGGAACACUCAGUGGCGAUGUGAAUGGAUUGCUCAUGAUGGAGCGCUGGCACAUGCUCAACAUGUUCUACCAUAUCAUUGAGCUGCGAGAUCGCAAUGACCUCAUCCAGACUUUGCUAGGCAACAUGGACUACAGCCGGGAGAGUCACCUUCGAGUGAUGCUUUCCAAAGCCCUGACGAUUGGCUCCAAGGAGAUCCGUAUCUUCGCAACCAGGAUUCUUCGCAAGUAUGCCGUCGGUGAUGUCUCACUAUCCCCUCAUGUGCCGAUUGGCAAUGCGGAAUGGGUGGUUAAACUUCUUGUGACUCAGCUUUACGACCCCGAAGUCACUGUUUGCCAGGUUGCUGUCAAGAUCUUAGAAGAGGCAUGCAACCAGCGGGACUACCUCGAAUUCGUGGUAAAGUGCCGACCAUCUCUUGAUCACCUGGGCGAAAUCGGCGCGCCGCUGUUACUUCGGUUCUUGUCUACUUCAGUGGGCUACCACUACUUGGAUGGACUCGAUUAUAUUACCCAAGAAAUGGAUGACUGGUUCCUCGGUCGCAACGAUACUUAUGUUGGUCUCGUUGAGGCUGCGCUCUCCAGGGCUUAUGUUGAGCAGCCUCGACGGGGCAGCCUUGCGCCCGAGGAUCUGGUUGACCUCCAGGAUAUUGGACUGGUACCACCGCAUUUCUAUCGAGAACUUGCUCGCACUGCGGAAGGCUGUAAGCUUCUAGAACAAUCGGGCCAUUUCAAUGAAUUUGCCUGGACGAUCCGCGAUUUCAGACUGGACGAAGAAGAGAACGAAAUGCUCCUGAAGGCUAAGGGAUGUCUCUGGGCCGUUGGUAAUGUCGGUUCAAUGGAGCUGGGGGCGCCAUUCCUGGAUGCUGAUAUUAUUGAGCGCAUCGUGGAAAUAGCCACGAGUGCAGGAGUGCUCACCAUGCGAGGUACUGCCUUCUUCGUUCUAGGCUUGAUCUCACGCAGCAGACAUGGACUGAAGGUCCUACAGGGUCUGGGCUGGGAUUCCGGCGUGGACCAAAAGGGGGAUUCGCUGGGUCUUUGUCUUCCUACCAAUUUCCGGAAACUAUUCUCGAUCUCUUUCUCUGGAUAUAAUUCAGAAUCGAAACGCACUCCUCCAGAGAAACUCAAGGAGGCAACCACGGAUUCUGACCCUGUCAAUCAAAAGAUUCUCAAGCUGAUCGUUGACAUGGGAAAUACCGUCCUUUCCAAACGAGCUGCGUCAGAUCUUCAUGGACUACCAGCUCGACGGUUUGCCCUGGACUUGUUCGACAAGCGUGUUUUACGUCGGAUCGUCCUCGACGAAGAUUCGGACUCUGAUUCAGAAUCUUCAGCUACCUCCAACUCGGAAUAG